GGUACAGAGAACUAGUUAGUUAAAGAUGGCUCGAACAGUAUUGCGCGUUUUCCUGUUGAUGGCGGUUGCCAUGCCGCUAAUUUUUGCCAACCCCCCUUUGCCAUGGGGAAUACCAGGUAUUAAACCAGACGAUUCUUCCACUACUUUGGCACCAUCUACUCAAGCUCCAACUAGAGGCACUUGUCCAGAACCGAGUGAAGAAUUAAUGGCGUGCAUGCGUCAAUGGGCUUGCCAAUACCUGAUACGCCUCGAUUUACGUUGUCUCCUGAAUUUAAAUGGCCUUCCGCUGGUUGGCAAUGCCUUGGGUGGCCUUUUGGGUGGUGGUGGUGGCCAAUCACCAGGUCAACAACCAGCGCUUGGUGGCGGCGGUGGCGGCAUCUUAGGCGGUUCCGGUGGUGGUCUACUUGGUGGCCCUGGUGGUCUACUCGGUGGACUUUUGGGAUAAUUUCGCAUCCGACUGCGAGUAUUUUAAUUUAAGCUUCUGCUACAUGGAACACUAUAAAAAAUAGGUAUCCAUAAAACAAUAUGUAUAUGGUAUAUAUCCAUGUAUGCGUAUUAAAAUAAUAAAACUGCAAUUAAUUGCCUGUGUAUAUAAAAA